GAGAGCCACAGACUUGGUUCCGUGCACCCUCACCCCGCAAAACACACCAAACGCAAACGCAAACCCAAACUCUCAAACUCAAACUCAAACUCUCAAACCCCAAAACUCAAACAAACCCUAAUUUUCUGAUCUCUCAAAACUUCAAUCUCCCAAUCUUGCCCUAACCCUUUUUUCAAAUUGACCUCCCUGUCCCCAUCGCCAGCUUUCUUCACCAAUUUUUGCUCUUCUCGCUCUGGAUCAGAUUCCUAUUUCUCUUCGACUGUUUCGACUUUUAACUUAAAAGCGGAUGGUUUGAAGGAAAUUUUGGGCAAGUGGUGAUAUUGAAACAUGGGUAGCAGUGAGAUUGAUAAACAGGCAAAAGAGAAGGAGCCGAAGACUCCUCCAGCUACUACAACUGCGCAGGUUUACUUGAGAGCAGUCUACCGCUACUACCACUGGUGCAGUUAAUCCUGACUGGUCGGGAUUUCAGGUUCUAUAGUGAAAAGCUGUUAUUUGGGCAGUUAUGUUUUAUGUUGUGUUUGGAUUGUUAUAUGGGUUGGUUGUUUUUCCCCCCCCUUCACAGGCAUAUUCUCCUAUACCUCCACAUGGGUUCUUGGCUUCAAGUCCCCAGGCUCCCCCAUAUAUGUGGGGGGUUCAGCAUAUUAUGCCUCCCUAUGGUACCCCUCCACAUCCAUAUGUUGCAAUGUAUCCACAUGGUGGCAUAUAUGCGCACCCAUCCAUUCCGGGAUCUUAUCCUUUUAGUCCUUUUGCCAUGCCUUCUCCAAAUGGAAUGGCUGAGGCUUCUGGAAAUACACCUGGCAACAUGGAAGCAGAUGGUAAGCCAUCUGAGGUGAAGGAAAAAUUGCCCAUCAAAAGAUCGAAAGGAAGUUUGGGCAGUUUGAAUAUGAUAACAGGGAAGAAUAAUGAGCAUGGUAAAACAUCAGGUGCAUCUGCUAAUGGAGUUUAUUCUAAAAGUGCUGAGAGUGCAAGUGAAGGUACAAGUGAUGGAAGUGAUGCAAAUUCUCAGAGUGAUUCACAACUGAAGUCGGGGCAAGAUUCUAUGGAAGCUGAAGCAUCUCAAAAUGGAAAUUCUGCGCAUGGACCUCAGAAUGGGGGACCAAAUACACCUCAUGCAAUGGUGAAUCCAGCAAUGGCCAUGGUGCCAAUGUCAGGUGCUGGUGCUGCUCCCUUAGCUGUUGCUGGUCCCACCACAAAUUUAAAUAUCGGAAUGGAUUAUUGGGGUGCUCCAACUUCAUCAGCUAUUCCUGGAAUGCGCGGGAAGGUUCCUUCUACUCCUGUUGCAGGAGGAAUCGUUACUGGAUCACGGGACAGUGUUCAGUCACAGCUUUGGCUACAGGAUGAAAGAGAACUUAAGAGACAAAGAAGGAAGCAGUCGAAUAGAGAAUCUGCUCGUCGAUCCAGGUUGCGUAAGCAGGCGGAAUGCGAUGAGCUAGCUCAGCGUGCCGAAGCCUUGAAAGAAGAAAAUUCCAAUCUUAGAUCAGAAGUGAACCGGAUCAGGAGCGAGUAUGACCAGCUACUUGCAGAAAAUGCUUCACUCAAGGAGAGACUUGGGGAAGUUCCUGGGCAUGAAGAUCUAAGGUCUGGCAGGAAUGACCAACAUUUGAGUAGUGACACUCAACAGACUAGGCAAACAGAGCUUGUGCAGGGUAGUCACUAGGAUGUAGCUACCUUGCUUCGUGCUGCUUUCCAGGAGCAUAACCUAACCAAUUAGCAACAGGAAGUUCCUAUUUUGCAUAGCGUGUAGUUGAAAUUUUAUCAAAGCUGACCUUUAUAGCGUUAGGAUCUGUUUAUUUUCACAUCCUCCCCCUUUUCCAAUUUGGCCUAUAUAACAUUUUAAGUACCUGAAUGGUGUGUUUAAGUGUGAAACUGAUCGUACCCGUAACUGUUUUAGAGGGUAAUACUCACACUUAUAUCUGUAUUAGAUUGGUUAAUGAAAGUGUAACUCGGAUGGAAUGAUAAUCAACUUAUAUAGAUUUUUUUUUUCCUUCAA